AUGUUGUUCAUACUAACAGCGCUGGCUCUCUCAAUAUCGACUGUCGUCAGCGAGGACUUCUCAACAUUAGCACUAGAGGAACUUAAGGACUUCAGCAAGAAAUAUUUUGGUGAUAAUUGGAGCGAUGACUUAUCAGAGAAAGCACUCCAAUGGAUGAAGAAAACCUCUUCUGAAAAGGCUAGAUUGUCAUACAAAGGAAGAAGAUGCUAUCCGAAGCCGCGCGGUGAUAUGCCGGAUGAAUUCAAUAAGGUGGCUGCAAGGUUUGCGACCCCCUUCAAAAACCAAAAUAAAAAAGUCACCACUUCUCUAGGAACAAGUGCUAACUAUGGCUGCAACGGAAUUUUCGACAAAAAGAACCCGGAGAAAGAUUGCAUCAUCGUCGGUUGUCUCUUUUCUCCAGAAAACUAA